UUUACUGCAGCAUUUUACUGUUGCAUUUUGAUCAGACUUAUUGUUCACUUGUUCAACCCUGUCUUGUGCCCCCGUCGUGUGUCGCUCAACUAUUUAAACACUAAAAUAAUUGUGUAAUAAAGACCACCUGAAUAUCUGCUCUCUGCUCUGUUGAUGCUCUCCGGUCGUUUUUGCAAGACUUGUCUGGCUGGUAACACAUCAGACUCGUCCGCAUCUAUCACCACACGCUCAAGAAAAUAUAUAUAUAAUUAUGUUUAAUGGAUUUUUGUGGCUCCAGCUGAGGCCGGUGAUAUUUAUAAAUAGAGAUCAUGUUGACGUGGAGUGGAAAUCGCGGGUGCAUGUGAAUCCUCUCAGUCCUCCAGUCUGUCUCAGUGUGUCGACCAAUCACUUUCAAACUCUUCUCUAAAUCAGUUUUCUUCUUUCUCUCACGAGUUGCUGCUCUUUUUCUGUUUUCACAAGCACUUUUAACUCAACUGCCGAGUGAUCAUGGAUAUUGCCCUCAGCAAAUGGGGCCAAUUGACUCAUCAAGAAUCCACGGACGAGAACGGAGAGCCGAAAAGUCAAUUCGCAGACACGACCAUCGAAAAGGUGCCAGACAAGGUGCUGCUGCACAUCUUCUCCUACCUGUCGCACCGCGAGAUCUGCAAGCUUGCGACAAUUUGCAAGAAAUGGCGCCAAACUGCUUACGACACCAGGCUCUGGUCUGCGGUCUCUCUCCGUCCCGAAAUCUCCGGUCUGCACGUCCUCAACCUUGAAUCUCUUCUCACUCUCAUCAGCGUUCGUUUCGGUGCUUCUUUGAGGUACAUCGAGCUGCCGAUUGAGCUGAUCACCCACCACGUUUUCCACGAGCUCGCCAACAAGUGUCCAAACCUGACGCACAUGUUGCUCGACUUCUCCACUGCCAUGCAGUUGCACGAUUUCAGUGAAAUGCAGGCAUUUCCAACGAAAUUGAAAUACUUGUGCAUUUGCCUCUCGGAGGUCAUCUUCAUGGAGGGUUUCAUGAGGAAAAUUUACAAUUUCAUUAAUGGUUUGGAAAUCCUCCACCUUGUAGGUACGUAUGAAAAGGUUGAGGAGGAAGAGGAAGAAGUCUACGAGGUCAUCAACGUGCACAAACUGAAAGCAGCCACCCCUAAUUUGCGAGUCAUCAAUAUGUAUGGAAUCACUUUUGUCGACGACAGCCACAUUGAAGCAUUUUCUUCCAACUGUAUUCAGUUGGAGUGCUUGGCUGUGAAUUUCUGCAAUAAAGUGACGGGUUCCUGCCUAAAAACCGUCUUCCAACGAAGCAAAGGACUCAAGUGUCUUCUGAUGAACCAGACUAGCUUGCAGAGUCAGCACUUGAUGCAGGUUGAGUGGGAGAAGACAGCGAUUCAGGAGCUGGACAUUUCCGCCACUGACCUGUCCACCGAGUGCCUGAUCGACAUGCUGACCAGAAUUCCAGCCCUCCGCUACCUCAGCGCUGGACAAAUCAACGGAUUCAACGACUCCGUCAUGAAAGCGUUCAUGGAGCAGGGAAACCCACGCAACAUCGUGGGCCUCGAUUUGGACGCUUCGGACAACCUGAGCGACGAGGCCAUCCACAGGUUCGUGACCAAGUACGGACACCAAUUGCAGGCGCUGUCGCUUUCUGGAAUGCCGCACAUUACCGACCAGCUGUGGCAGGCCAUUCUGCCCAUUAUUAAAAACAUUAAGAUCAUCAUCAUGGGAACACAGGAGCGUCUCGGCGUCAACAUCCACGUGGACCAGUUGAUGGACGGAAUCGCCAACCACUGCCUGCAACUGGAGCGAUUGGAAUUGCGCUGGGACCCUGAAAACCUCAGGUUCUCCGAUAAGAGUCAGAAGGCCAUCGACAUUCUGCGCGUCAAGUGCCUCAAGCUGAGGGCUCUUGGACUCAGUGACGGCCGGUACUACGAAAUCGUCAAAGCCAAUUUCGAGCGCGCUGACAGGAACACCGUCGUGAGAGCCAUCACCGCCUGCAGGGUUUCCACUUAUUACAUCCUGCAAAAUUACAAAGAACUUAUCUUCAACUGAAUUUUAUUAUAAAAUGUUCAUAAAUAAAAACGGAAGACAGAAAGUGAUCCCUUGGCUUCUAAAAUAAAAUGAUAACCAGCCUUUUGUUAACUCA